GAGCGUGAACGUCCGCGACUCGCUCCAUUGCGUAUAUUCAUCGAACGCUUGUUUGAAAACUAUUUCAGGAACAAAUUAAAUAUAUUUGAUAAUUUAUUUGAAAAUAAUAUUCUUAAUUGAUAGUGUUAAGUUUUAAAAUAACAAAAAAACCUGUGAUAGUGUCUUGAAAAUGUCUACAGAAGGUCAUGCUUUAAAUAAUAGAACGGAAACGCCGGGGUUCCACAGGGCUCCGAAAACACUGGACAUGAAUGAUGUCGAAAUGGUUUUUGGAACACCUGCAUCUCCACGAGGCACAGUUCUACCAGACGUUCAUCUCAUCUCGAAUGAAAAGACUAACGGUAGAGACAAGCUUCCAAGCAAUCACAAGAGCGAUGGAAGCGACAAUACUCUGUCAUCACAGCCCUUAUUGGAACCGGACAAGGGCCGACCCAAGCCGCCGCUCGCUGGACCAGAAAUUGACGACAUAGACGAGGAACAACCGACGGAACCCACCCCAUACCCUGGCAUCGACGACGGUCUCCUGGAACCUAAUAAUAAUAAACCGGCCGUUAACGGAGAAGGCGAGGAUGGAAAGUCAGAUGGCGGCUCUCACCACACGCACCCGACGCGGGACGACGGUGUUGGCACUGAAGACGGUAAAUGGCCUUGGCCGUCUACCGACGAGACGGACUAUCCUUACGAUUUGAAUGGCUUCGGACCAAGAUUUGGGAUUGACGAUCGGCCCGGCUCGCCCAUGAUGCCUGGGUCGAUCCCAGACGUGAACACAUAUCAACAAAAGAAAAAUCUCGCUCAGGGAAUGAUGGACCUCGCACUGUUGUCAGCGAAUGCCAACCAACUCCGCUACGUCUUAGAGUCUUCAUCCACACACCCCUAUUACUACCCCAGUCUUACAUUCAUAUCGCUCAGUAUUAUAUUUCAGAUUGCAGUGGGCAUAGGUCUCAUCAUGAACAGCCGGUACAACGUCAAAGACGACAAGGACAUCUGCAAAGCCGAUAAAAUCAACAACAUGACAGUGUUAGGUAUUUUCCUCAUUACUAUCGUGAACGUUUUCAUCACUUCGUUCAGUGUUGCAACACCUACCACAAUAGCAAACAUAGGGAAUUCAAUACAACAGGCUGGAUAACAUUUCUUAAAUUAACUAAUUAUUAUAAAUAACGCGACAUCAACAAUGAUACUUUUUAUAAAUAAUACAAGCUACAGUUAACUGUGCUACUGGUUUUGCAAUCAUUGUGUUACCUCUGA